AUGGGAAGUCUUACUUGGCGUACUGAAUACCUCUCGCUGAAUAUUCUUUUUUAUAUUGUACGCGAUAUUGCAACAGAGGAGGUUCUAUGUCCUAUGAGCACUCCAACGACAAUUUCUCGAAGGAAUGUGAUGCUUUACGAUCACAAUCUCUAUCGAAGUCGUGUGGCUCAAGGUUAUCCCGUUCAUGUGGGUAGAAAAGAGCAACCGGUUGGGUCGAAUAUCUACAAAGUGAGAUGGAGCUGUGAUUUGGAGAAAUUGGCUUAUUUAGCUGUUAAAGACUGUUCUACUAGAAAAGUUGACGUACCUAACUAUGGACAAAACUAUGAAUUGGUUUCUUUGUUCAGUUUUGAAGCUCUCAACGACUACACCGUGGAAAAUCCAUAUUCAGCGGCUUUGAACAAAUGGGUUGCACCCAUGGCCUACAAGACUUUCAACAACGCUGAGGUUACUUUUGUGGGAGAUAACGAUCUGCGACCGUUUGCUAAUAUUUCUGACGAGUUUACACAUGGAAGAUCAAGGCUUGAGCGAGUGUUUUCCGACCUCGUCUUUGCAAUCUGUGCUCGAGAAUUCAAGAUGCUUUUAUAA